AAUUCGUUUUCUUUGUGUAUUGACAGCACUGUGCUACACUGUCAAAUCAGUGUAGGCAAACAGCAAAAAAAAAAAAAGACCCCCCCUUUUUUUAAAAAAAAUAGAAAGUGCGAUUUGUAAAUUCACAGCAAUUGUCAGGGCUCUUGGAAUUUUUUUUUUUCUUUCUAAAGCCUUAGGAGAUUUCAGGUUGAAGGUGUCCUGUGACUCUGCAUCCCAGGCUGUAGGCAAAUCUUUUAAUCUUGAGGCCCUGCAACGAACUCCAACUAACGAAGCUGCUUCCAUCGCUACAGGUGCGGGUGGAAAUUGGAGGGCAGGCUUAACUCCCAAAGCUACUCCUUGGUCUGCCAGGCGCAGUGGGAGUUGCACAGUACUGCAGCAAAGAGGUUGUCUUGUUGGAGCAGGGCGGUUGGAGGGUGUUGCACCCUUAUGCUGAUGAGGUCAGCUGGGGGGCGGUGGUUUGCUGGGGAGGCGGGGCAGGCUGCAGUACUCUGGUUUCUUCUCUCUCCUGCAGCACAGCGGGGCCUGCUGUAGUUGCAGCGGUGGGACCCGGUGCGAAGUGGAACGUGCGGCCUGUGUGCCAGAGGCAGGGACAGCGGGCGGCUCCCUCAGCAUCCCCGCGGCGGCGGCGCCAGCUGAAAGUAGCUGGGAGAAAUUCUCCCCACGCUUCCUGCUCCCGCUGCUGCGGGCAGCUGUGGCAGCUGUUGCUGCGGGGCAGGGGGCUCUUGGGGCAGAGUUCGUACAGUUGGUGGAGGCUGCUGCGCCGCCCGGAGAUGGGAAGGCUGAGCCUGCGCUCGGGCAUCCUCCUGUUGGCGGCCCUGGUGUGUCUAAAAGGCGAGACGCUGCCAAGCUGCGAGGACGCUCGGAAAGUUUUCCAGCUGCGGCAGAUCGGCCCAGCCCAGGGGCUUCCGGAGACCCCGCGGGCAGGGGCUGAUCUUCAAGUUUGUACGUCCAAAAACCUAACGUGUUGUACCAAAAAGAUGGAGGAGAGAUACCAGAUUGUAGUAAAGCAGGAUAUACAACAAGUGCUUCAGACAUCAAGCUCUACUUUAAAGUUUUUAAUAUCUCAUAAUGCAGCUGCUUUUCAAGAAACCUAUGAAAUGCUUAUCACACAGGCUGAGAAUUACACAAGCAUGCUUUUCUGCAACACAUACAGAAACAUGGCUGUCGAGGCUGCUACAGCCGUUUUAUGUUUAGAGUUUUUUAUGGAUGUGGGACGCUUUGUAUUUGGCAUAGAUAUUAGUACAGAAGAACUGGUGAACAGAUUUUUUGACACUCUGUUCCCACUAGUCUAUAAUCAUCUGAUUAAUCCUGGUCUGACUGACAUUUCACUGGAAUAUUCAGAAUGCAUUCGAAUGUCACAACGAGAUAUCAGUCCUUUUGGUAAUGUUCCAAAAAUAGCCAUGGGACAAAUGGGGAGAUCAUUGUUAUCCAGUCAUACUUUCUUACAGGCCCUCAAUUUAGGGAUUGAAGUGAUCAAUACAACAGAUCAUUUGCAGUUCUCUAAAGACUGUAGCAGAGUCUUACUACAAAUGCAAUAUUGCCCCCACUGCCAAGGAAUGACUUUAAGUAAGCCAUGUAUGGGGUACUGCCUGAAUGUAAUUAGAGGCUGCUUGGCUAACAUGGCAGAAAUUGACCAUCACUGGAGGAGAUAUAUUCAGUCAUGGGAAGGGUUAUCCAGUGCAAUGCAUGGGACAUAUGACAUUGAGCAUGUACUUCUGAACUUUACUCACUUUUACUCACAUUACUUUGUUAAUGAUGCUCUGACACAAGCUAGUAUCAAUGGACCAAAAGUAAUUGAACAGCAAUACAUGCAGCAGACAACCGUGGGUCUUCACCAGAGCACGGAGGAGUUAGAGUUGGAGAUUAUAGAACUUGAAAAAGCCUUUCAGGGAAGUCAUGAUGCUGGAGAAUUUAUGAACAGUCUACGGCUGUACAAGACAUUCAAUGGAGGUCUGGCUGAUCAGCUGUGUAUCAAUGAGUUCGCAGCUGCUGAUGGACUAGCAUGUUGGAAUGGUGAAGAUGUUGUAAAAAGCUACACCCACCUUGUGGUUGGCAGUGAAAUCAAAGCUCAGUCUGCGAAUCCAGAAGUAAAAGUGAAAGGAACAGAUCCUGUAAUAAAUCAAAUUAUUGAUAAACUGAAACACAUUAUCCAGCGGUUGCAGGGCAAAUCACUUCUUAAACAGGAGAAGUGGGGUCUACUACAAAUGGUCAGUGGUGGAAGUGUGGAUGAACAAGUCAGUGGAGACUGUGAUGAUGAGGAUGGCUGCGGAGGAUCAGGAAGCGGGGAAGUGAAGAGAAUCCUGCAAAUAACUGACUGUAAGUUCUAUGAUUCUACCUCCACUUAUUUAAGUGUUUUUAAGAGUGAAUUGGUAUAUUAGCCUCUAAGGAAUACUACUGGUCUACUUUUGGAGAUGAUUGUGGUAAAUUUAUCUAAGCAAAGUAGCUUAUUUAUCUAAGCUUGAGCUUCAUGAAGUAGAACAUGUACAAAAUAAGAUAGGAAUUAUAUCUACAUGUUCAUCUACGUUGCAAUGAACUUUAUCCUAAUCUGUAUCUUCUUAAUGUGACUGGUGUCUGUUAGCACACAUUUGGUGUACUGCAAAUCAUGAUACUUGUACAAUGAUGUUUUAAUCCAACUAAAUAGUGGUAGAAUGUCUUGGACAUGAUGAAUUACUGGUUUAACAUAAUAGAUACAAUUUUGAGUUUAAUAGAGAAAUCUUUCAAAUCUUCCCUAGAAAUAUGGGAGAAAAUAAUGUACAACUAUGUUGUGCUAAGUGGAUUUGGCCAUUACUAUUCUAUUAAAUUGACUAUAGCCAGUGACCAGUCCUAAAUAACAAGAUAAGGUAAUGGCAUGCUAUUGAAUCAUAGAUAUGUGGUGGUUUUGUGA